UGCGGAGAUUUCCGAUGCGAACAUCGAUUUUCCGGAGGAGAUGGAGUUAUCGCCGGAGACGAGGGAGGCAGACCCUCCCGCUCACAGCCCCACCUUCCCCCUCGACCCAGCCUCGAAGAGGGGUCUUGUUUCCGAGGGCGAGCGAGAGUGGGACGAGGAGGAGAUUCCGGCCACGCCCCCGCAGAGAAAGAAGUUUCGCUCCCUGUUCUUCGGAUCAGCCCUCUCCCCCGAACGCUCCUCCCCGGUGGGACACGAGGUGCUGGCCACAGACAGCGACACGGACGCGGAUUGCUGACGAGCGGGGUGGGUGGGGCGGGAGACGGC